AGCAAAAAGAAAACUUCUUUCUUUUUUUUUGAAGUAGACUACUUUACCGCAAGAUAGGGGGAUUGGCGGAACCCGUUCCGAUUGCUCGCGCGCUGCGGCUGCGCGCGAGCUGAAAGGGGACAGCUCGUUGUAGAAUAGUAAAGUACAUUUUCCAAAAUUGUAAAACUAUAACUGAAUCAAACACGACGACGACCACACCGCGCAGCACUCACAACUGUAGCGAUGGUGGCACCGAAGAGUAAGAAGGACCUGGUCGUUGAACCGGCGGUCAUCGACCUGCAAGCGCUGAAGGAUGGGGUGGAACCCAAGCCGAUCGACGGCUCGGAGCCCGACCCGCUCCAGUUUCCGAAGUGCGAAUCUCUGCGGUUGAGCUACCGAAAUAUUGCCGAGAUUGCGAACUUGAACAAUUUUGACUCGUUGAAAACGCUCAGGUUGGACAACAACAUCAUCGACCGGAUAGACAACCUGGAUCACCUGGUCAAUUUGACCUGGCUUGGUAUUGGUGGGUGGUUGCUUUGUUUUCUUGCUUAAUGUUUUUAUUUCGUGGUGCACGAUAUCUAACCUGUAACCCAUGUCAUCCUAAUGAAAGUUUUUACUGGUGUCGAUGUCGUGUAUGACACUCGCGCAGUGAUGAAAGAAACUACACACACCAAAUAAACAGACCUGUCCUUCAACAACAUUCGGGAAAUACAAGGGCUCGAGAAUCUGGUCAACCUGGAGGAUCUUAUGCGGUGAAAGAACCACACGAGGACCCUCUUUCUUGUAGUUUUUUCGUGGAUCUUGACGCUAAAGAGGUUGGCAUGUUGAAAGAACGCAUGUGGUCGAAGUUUGUUUGUCAUGUAGCUUCGCACACGACUUCUAGUACUAGUAGUAGAGACGAGGAGAUUUCUUUCUUUCGCUCGCAUAAGGCUUUCCCUAUACAACAACCACAUAGAGGAGAUCACCGGCCUCGACAACUGCAAGAAGCUGAACGUGCUGUCGCUCGGGAGAAAUAAAAUAGCAGACUUCAAACAGGUAGAUUCAGAUUACUUAUUUCAAUUUGUGUCUCUUUGUGGAUUCGUUCGUUGCAAAGUUCGCAUGUUGACAUUAUAAUUUUCGAGACCUGUAUUAACGCGCCACGGUACAAUAGUUUCAGUUAUUCACGCGACCUAUUGCUUGCCGUUCUCACAGGUAAACUACCUACGGCGUUUUCCGAACCUCCGCUGUGUCUGCUUUGAGGGGAACAAGAUGUGCCAAAGCGACAGUUACCAACAGCACGUGCUGGCCUAUUUGCAGCAUCUGGUUUAUCUCGACUACAUGCUCAUCGACAAAAAACAAGUCGCACAGAUACAGGUAUGUGUAUCUUCUUUUUUCAUCGUUGUUUCUCCUUGUUUGUGUUUCGUUUAAAUCAGCUCUCCUUUUGCAUCGAUCAUGACAAAUGCCAUACCUGUUCUAGCACUUUCAUGAAUUUUAGCAUCACAAAAAAUUUACAAAACAGGAAUCGUACCAACUGGACGAACUGACCGAGUUAAAGGAGCAGGAGGUCGAGGAGGGGAUUCGCGAGAAGGCGCUUGCGGAAAAGAAAGUCCAGGAGGACAAGCUCCGGCACUCUUUUCUGGAUACGACGAUAUCAAGUGCAAAUAUGUCUGGGUCUGGAAGAGUGCAACUUGUGAUGCUGUGUUUAGAUUCUAAAAAAAUCUGUAUUGCAUGAGCACCAAAAGGAGUCCACCUCCACCUCUUGCUACACGAAGAGGGCAUUUGUAAUGCGGGAUAGGCAUGAUCAAGACGGCCUCAAAAACUCUGUGAUGCUCGGGCGUACAUCACAGACAUCAUGGCUCAUACGAAACGCGCAUGACAAGUUCGCAUCCUUCCAGACCCAGACAUAUUUGCAGCGCAUAGACCAACAACAUUUACGACGAUUUAUUUGGCGAAAUCCCGGAGCACGUGCAGGCCUUGAACUGCCUCGCCGUAUGCAAGAAAAAAACUAUAACUAUGUGGGAGUAAAUCUGUGAUGCAGAAAGUGCAAAACUGUAUACACUUGUCAUGCUGGAUCUGCGUCAUAGGCUACUUUCAUACGUGUUUCCACGUGCUAGCUGCGCACGACAGGAGGUUUUUCCUCUAAUGCAAAGCGAGUUUGUGAUGCUGCUCUUCCUACACAGUUACACUUACGCAGUUUUUUUCCUGGAUACGCCGGACUCAAAGAGGAGUACAGAGAAAAGCUCGGCGAACUGCUGAAAACGUUGUACGCCCAGGUGCAGUAUCAAAUGUAAAAAUGUCUGGGUCUGGAAACUUGUGAUGCUGUGUGGCGUAUCAUGAGGAGGCGACAAUUGCUGGCUCAGCAUGACAAGUUUCUGAGCUUCUAGGUGUUGCCUAUUCUGCAUGACAAACUACAUUUCUGCAUGACAGAAAAGUGGGGCUCUUUGGUAAUGUGCAUGACAGAUUCAAGAGUCAUGCCAGACACGCAUGACAAACUUGCAUUCUUCCAGACCCAGACAUUUUUACAUUUGAUAUGCAGGAAAAAAACGAGGACAGGCUGAAGCGAGUGGAUGUAUAAGAAAAGAUGUUGCGGUUUUUGCUUUAAUUUUGUAGUUUCUGAUGCUAUAAAAAAGAAAAGCCCCAAAGUUCCACGUUCAUUUUGAUGUCUUCUACGUCAAGGAACAGGAGGGUUUAGGGACGCACAUUCAUAUUAAUUGCGGAUCUUCAGGCAAGAAAUUUGGUGACCAAAUGAUCUGCAGGUAUUCAACAAGCAAAUCGAGCAGACAUAUCUGAAUUCCGAGGCGGAAAGCGCGGGCCUGUUCAAAAAGUUUCUGUCCGACAAGAAAAAACAAAUUCUGGUCGUCAAAGAGCAAACCGUCGGCGGGAUUCUCACAGACGAGGCGGCGGAGAUUUUGAGAAAUCUACAAGCCAAUUUGGAAAAGGUCGAUCACGACCUGAUGGACGUGGAAAUAGAACUUUUGACCACCGUCGACGACCACGUGCUGGCGUUUGAGGUAGAAGUCAUUUACUUGUUUUAGAUGCUAUUGAAGUAGAUUUAACGCAGAAGCACGCGGCGCUAAAUGCAAUCAAAAAGUAUUUCAAACGAAUUUCAAAAGUUCUGAAGUUUUAACUUUUUGGUGUGGUGAAGAGCUCGAUCUGCGGCUUGUAUUUUGAGAGAGCGCGCCCCUCCCGUCUCUCUUCUAGCACUUCGACACUUAGCGUAGUAGCCUUCUGUUUGUCGGUUUUCCGUCUCCCUGUGGAGGUUAUCUUCACGCCCCCGGCACCAUUUCCAAGUCGUUCUUUAGCCCCCGCCCCUUUUCUUUGAUGCCCUUUCUCAUGGGUUCUUGUGGUGCUUCCCUACUCUACACCCGUUUCUGUCCCCGAGUCCUAUCAUGUCUCGUGUCCACCCUCGUUCGCGGCCUUUGGUGACAUUCUCUCUGCCUGUAGCGGCAUGAUGUGCUUGCGCGUUGAUAGCGCCGCAGGUCCAGUCGCGGCCCCUGGUUGUUGGGUUCGCGCCUCAUAGCAUUGGGACACGAAUAUCAAAAAACGGCUGAAAUGCCCUAGACGCAGCGGAAUCUAGUGCGCGCGUUCCUGCGCUCGAUGCCUGGCGAAGAGGAGAAGCCAGGGCAGGCCGUGAGGCCAAGCAGGACAGAGGAGGCGUGGCGCCUUUCCAUCGCCACCGGCGGCAGGAGUAACUAAGUAGCGCAGUGUGGUCGGAGACACUCUCCUACUUUGUCCGACCGCUAUGAGGCGCACAGAACGCACGACCGGGCGCGCCGAUGCCUGCCCAAAAAAAUCAAAUUCAAACGGGGUGACGGAACUCACUGCAAUCGGGAGCAGGUUUCGUCCAACGGAGGAAGACACACGGGGAACUUUCGGGGUCCGAUCAAAAUCGGUCCGGACCCGAUCAAAAUCGGUCAAGAUAGGUCACAAAAAGGUCAGGGCAAAUUUCUAAGAUAGUGACCAAAUCGGACCAAAUUCCGACCGAUUCUUGAUUUCCGUUUGAAUUCGUUCAAGAUUCUUGAUUUCCGUUUGAAUUCGUCCGAGACCCUUGAUUUCCGUUUGAAAUUGAGAGAGAUCCUUGAUUUCCAUUUGAAAUUGGCCCAGAUCUUUGAUUUCCGUUUGAAAUCAGGGUCGGUGGUUGAUUCUCAUUGGAAAAUGGGUUUGGGUUGGGUUGUCUGUAGAAUUUGGUUCGGAUCGGGGUUUGUAUGUAGCCAAUACGGUGUGAAUUGGGUGGAAAGCCGCCGGCCAACACUAUGUAUGCUUAGCAGUGCGCCGCGGCUUUCUCGACCCGCUUUUUCUGGUAGCACUCAGAUUCUUUGAAAGUGAUUGCGCAUGCCAGCCUUUUUCGAUUUAGAACUCGGGCCCGUUAGUUUUGGCGAUGGCAAACGAAAAUGGGGGAAUCGGGGAGCAGCAUCGCAGCAAUGCGGCGCGCGCCAUCAUUGGUUGGCGGUGGUCGUGCCCUCCCCCGAUGUGGGUGCUCAAAGAUUGAACGCCCGGCAAGUUCUGCUCUUGGGAUGUGUCAUUGCCGGGCGUCUCGGUGCUUUUUUAUGACCCGGGAAAAAGAUCUGAGAGCAGCGCGCAGCCACAGGGGGCCGCGCGCUUUAGGAGUUUGCUCGUCGCCUAUUGAAACGGCACCAGCGAAGAAAGCGCAACCCCCGAUCGGGGUAUCCAGCCCACGAGGCGCUGUUGGGUUCCGGUUCGUGUACGGGCGCUCUCUGGCUGUCAUUUUUUCGUGUGUGGUGAGGCGACAACGCGACGACCCGCGUCUGAAAUUUUGAAGUUUCCGACUUUUUGAAUUUCGUUUGAAAUGCUUCAGAAUCCAAAUUAGCGCCCACCUACUUUGUAGUUAAAAGUAGAUGAAGAUUACCGAACAAUCUGUUGUGAAUUCGGAAUCGCUUCGUGCAUGGCAAACUAACGCACACCGUUGAAUACCAAAACAGUCGCAAAUGGGUGAGCUGAUCAAGAUCAUGGCCAACGCCGGAAAGGAAUUCUACCAAUUCCUGGAAUAUCCUCUGCAAAUAUAUUUCCUGCAACAUGUCUGAAAGGAAUUUUGUCAUGCUGGUUGGAGAACAGAUACAGAACAACGAUGAUUUAGAAAUCCGUUUUGACAGCCAAGCAUGACAAGUCCUUGCGCUAUGCCCGGUGUUGACUAGAUUAUGCUGCAUCACAAACUACUGCCUUCCUACUAAACCUAGCAGAUCGAUAUUUGCAAUGCAUAUCGAAGAGUGCACGACCACGUUCAAAAACGACCUGCUACUGGGCGCCUCCACGGAAAUCGAGGCCGUUGCAUCGCAACCGGAGAUAUUAGAGGUAUAAAUAUAAAUCUGAAUGUGAGGUGAAACUUAAACCACAUGGAAAUCGAAAUUUGUAUUGCAUAGUAGGCAACUUCAUUCGCUUGAUAGACAAAGUUUGUCAUGCUUCUGCGCAUUUAUUUUCAAGCUCCAACACCAACUCGAUGUCCCUACCGAAUUCAACAGCAUGGCGACGACGCGCGACGACAGCAGCUUCUGAGCGACCGCGAGGGCAUGACGCAGGCGCUGGCGAACUUUAGCGACUCGCAGCUGCUUGCGGUGCAAACCAAGGACGAUCAGAUGCAGGCCCAAAUGAGUGGGUGGAUGACCAGUUUCUUUGACGCCAAGCAGAAACAGCUGAUCCAGCGGAACCGCACACGCGUACUGGAAAUCAAGCAGCAGACUGAGGUAUGAAAUGCAAAAAUGUCUGGGUCUUGAAGAUUGCGAGACUUGUCAUGCAUAUUUCGGAUCACGCAAAUGGUGUCUGAUGCAGGCAAAAGCACCACCGGUUUUGAGCACGCCUCAUGAUGCCUGUCCCGCAUGAGAAACUUCCUACUUGCGUGCCAAGAAGUGGGCAGCUUUUGCCGCUCAUGCAACACAAAUUUUUUUGUGUUCCAGAGUUUGCAUCACAAGUUCCAACGCUUCCAGACCCAGACAUAUUUGCAAUGCAUAUGAGGCCCAAAACGUGGAGCUGAACUUCUUCCUCAGCAUCGGGGACGGUGCGGAAGAGGAGGAGGAUGACUAGGCGAUAGCAGCUAUUAUAUCACUAGAUUCCAUGCUUGAUGAUUCCUGCUGCAAUAGGCCUGGUUGUACUUACCCUAUUACAGGAUGCUCGAUUCCUCGAAAAAACACUACUUUAUUGCUUAUUACAUUCAACUAACCUAGCAAAGUGGAUAGACCGAAAAAAACUGAAGUUUAUUGCUUAUUACAUUCAACAGAACUGGGAAGAGUAGAUUAUCUUCCGUGAAGAUUCUUAGUUUGAAAUCGUUGUUGACAUAAUUUGACACAUCCGCGCCGUUGGGGGGAUGGAAAAAUUCGAGGGGGAACAAGUUUGCGGGGAGACAGGAGCACAGAUGCCACACAAAUUACUACUAGAGCCAUGUUAGUGGAGCGUUUGGAGGGUGCUCUGACUGUGGUCACUGCGAUGGUGAAUCACAAUCAUGAAGAUGACUGUCCGACGUAAUCGAAUUAUAUCCAUUUUCUCCGCGGCGGUGCGAUGAAAAAUUGUUGUGGAUAAGGUGCUUUUGGAAAAAAAAUGCAAUGUAUCUACUAUGGAACAAUAAAGCAAAAAAUUCAAAGUUCACACUUGCGGACACGACUGGUGGGCUUCUGCUUCCGCUUCUCCUAUCCAGGAGGUGCAGAAUCGCUCCAAUCCGUAUCAAAGCUUCGGGAGAUGAACGAACAAAGCUGGUAGCACCUGUUCUUCUAUGAAUGGUGUUUUUACUGCAUUCGUAUAAGUGAAGACGGGCAGGAAGGUUGCUCUUCCUUGCCGCAAAUGACUUCGGUGCUUUUUUGACUUUUCGGAGCAGCAACCAAGGAAGAUAGAAUGAGCUUAGGAAAGCCAAGAAU